GUGACGUCACACGCUGGACCCUCGGCUGCGCGAGCACAGGACGGGACGGGGUGGGGGGCGCGCGCAAACACCGCGGCCAGCGGCGACGUUUUCCUCAAUAUAUUUCAUUUUCUUUUCCCUAAAAUCAUCCUAAUCGGACCCGAAACACACCGGACGCGUUCCAGCGGUGGGAGAGCGCGUCACCGACGGCACUGCGGGUGACCAGACGCGCGCGCGGCCUCCGCGGGGAAGUUUCUCACCGGCGCGCGUGACAGUCAGCGGCUAAAGGACACCGGGAAGUCUCGCGCGGCCCCGGGGUUUAACGAGAGGGAGAUUCUCCCGUCAAACGUGCAAAUAACAGAGAAAAUACCGUGUCAAAGUUAUAAAUCGAGUGAAAGUGAGAGAGACGGAGAGCCGCAGCGCCCCCGCCCGCGUCCACCGGGAAAGUCACGGGGAUUCUCUCAUCCGACGGGUCUCGGUGAAGCAUGGCCGCCUCAGUGAAGGUAGCAGUGAGAGUUCGACCCUUCAACUCACGAGAAAACAGCCGAGAUGCUAAAUGCAUCAUACAGAUGCAGGGAAACACCACCUGCAUCUGGAACCCCAAACUGCCCAAAGAAGCGGCCAAGAACUUCAGCUUCGACUACUCCUACUGGUCUCACACUACGGAGGAUGACCCUGCGUUCGCGUCCCAGCGGCGAGUGUAUCUGGACAUCGGGGAGGAGAUGUUGCUUCACGCGUUCGAGGGAUAUAACGUCUGCAUAUUCGCCUACGGCCAGACGGGAGCGGGGAAAUCCUACAGCAUGAUGGGAAAACAAGAGCCUGGACAACAGGGCAUCAUCCCUCAGAUGUGUGAGGAUCUGUUCCAGCGCACGAGUGAGAACACCGACCCGGAGCUGUCCUACUCCGUAGAGGUGUCGUUUAUGGAGAUCUACUGCGAGCGCGUGCGAGAUCUGCUGAACCCCAAGAGUAAAGGUGCGCUGCGGGUCCGAGAGCACCCCAUCAUGGGCCCGUACGUGGAGGACCUGUCCAAACUCGCUGUGACCUCCUACCAGGACAUCAGAGACCUCAUGGACUCGGGGAACAAGGCCCGGACGGUGGCGGCUACGAACAUGAACGAGACGAGCAGUCGAUCACACGCGGUCUUCACCAUCGUCUUCACUCAGCACCGCCGAGAUCAGCUGACCGGCCUCGACACGGAGAAGGUCAGUAAGGUGAGUCUGGUGGAUCUGGCGGGCAGCGAGCGAGCGGAUUCGUCUGGAGCUAAAGGCCUGAGGCUGAAGGAAGGCGCUAACAUUAAUAAAUCUCUCACCACUCUGGGGAAGGUCAUCUCCGCUCUGGCUGAAAAUCAAACCAGCAAAAGAAAGAAAACUGAGUUCAUUCCGUACAGAGACUCAGUGCUCACCUGGAUCCUGAAGGAGAACCUGGGUGGUAAUUCUCGUACCGCUAUGAUUGCUGCUCUCAGUCCUGCAGAUAUUAACUAUGAGGAAACACUCAGCACACUCAGAUACGCUGACCGCGCAAAGCAGAUCCGCUGUAAUGCUGUAAUUAACGAGGAUCCAAACGCUCGUCUGAUCCGAGAACUGAAGGAAGAAGUGAACAGACUCCGAGACCUGCUGCUGUCACAAGGGCUGAGCCGACUGGUCACCGCUCCGGCUGCUGAAGUCAAUAACAACCGUGUUGACGUCACUCUUACGCCUGCUGAUCCCGCCUCUAAUGGAGCCCCGCCCACAUCUGAGCCUGUCACCAGAGAAGGCCCCGCCCCUGAGAGUGACUCCGCCCCGCUGGAUGGCCACACCCAAUUAGAAGAGUUUCAGGGCGAGAUGAUAACCAAUGAGGAAGCAGUGGAGAGACUGAAGGAAACAGAGAAGAUCAUCGCUGAGCUCAACGAGACGUGGGAGGAGAAACUACGGAAGACUGAGUCGAUACGAAUGGAAAGGGAGUCGAUUCUGGCAGAGAUGGGUGUGUCCAUUAAAGAGGAUGGAGGAACUGUUGGAGUGUUUUCACCUAAAGGGACUCCGCACCUGGUGAACCUGAACGAGGAUCCGCUGAUGUCAGAGUGUCUGCUUUACUACAUCAAAGAGGGCGUGACCAGGGUUGGUCAAAAGGAUGUGGACAUUAAACUCAGUGGUCAGUUUAUUAAAGAGCAGCACUGUGUGUUUUACAGCUACAUCAACCACAAUGGAGAAGUGUGUGUGACUCUGGAGCCGCUGGAGGGAGCCGAGACGUACGUCAACGGCAAGCAGAUCAGCGAGUGUGUGCAGCUCAAACAGGGAAACCGCGUGGUGAUGGGCAAGAACCACGUGUUCCGGUUCAACCACCCGGAGCAGGCGCGUGUGGAGCGCGAGCGGAGCCUGGACCAGCAGGGGGAGCCGGCGGACUGGAACUACGCCCAGAGGGAACUGCUGGAGGAGCAGGGCAUCGACAUCAAGCUGGAGAUGCAGAGGAGGCUGCAGGACGUGGAGACGCAGUACCGGCGGGAGAAAGAGGAAGCGGAUCUACUGCUGGAGCAGCAGCGGCUGUAUGCUGAUUCAGACAGUGGGGAUGAUUCUGAUAAACGCUCAUGUGAAGAGAGUUGGAGACUCAUAUCCUCCCUGAGAGAGAAAUUACCAGCUAUCAAGGUCCAGUCCAUCGUGAGGCGCUGUGGGUUACCCAGCAGUGGGAAGCGGCGUGAGCCUCUGCGUGUGUACCAGAUCCCGCAGCGCCGCCGCAUCAGCAAGGCCCCGGAGCGCGUGACGCUGAGCGACCUGAAGCUGCAGGCGGUGAAGGAGAUCUGCUACGAGGUGGCGCUCGCCGACUUCCGGCACUCGCGGCGCGAGGUGGAGGCGCUGGCCGUGGUGAAGAUGAAGGAGCUGAGCCGCAUGUACGGAGUGCUGCACACGGGCGGGCGGCGGGACGAGGAGGAGGAGAAGGAGGCGUGGAGGGACGUGGCUCAGGACGUGUGGGACACGGUGGGCAUCGGGGACGAGCGCCAGGACACACACACACACGCUGACGGAGAGAGAGGCGUGUACGACCUGAAAGCUCACAUCAACAAACUGACCGAUAUCUUACAAGAGGUCAAAGAGCAGAACAACACGAAGGACGAAGAGAUCAAAGCCCUCAGAGACCGGAUGAUGAAGAUGGAGAGCAUCAUACCAGCAGUGCAGGACGACGAUGAAUCCGAGGAUCUGAGCGCAGACGGUGAUGUGGAAGAUGGGCGUGGCCAUCUAGAGCUCCUCCCCAAAGAGCAGCGCGUGUCACGGCUGAUGGAGGAAGACCCCGCCUUCAGGAGGGGCCGCAUGCGCUGGCUCAAACAGGAGCAGACACGCCUCCUCAACCUGCAGCAGCAGCAAAUCACCAAGCGCCUGCGCCGAGGGGGCGGAGCCGGGGGCGGGGCUGUGGGUGGGGAGGGCGUGGUCCACCUCCCUGGAACGGGACGCUUCAUUCCCCCUCAGGACUGCAAGCUGAAGUUCCCCUUUAAGAGCAACCCUCAGCACCGGCUCUCCUGGGGGCCGAACGGGUCCGUGGCGCCAGACGAGGAACGAGGGCCCGCCCCCGGCGUGCCGUUACUUCCUCUUCCGUUCCAAAUGCCGGUCAUCAUGCGCGCGCCUUCCCCCAGUCGCCCCUGGCAACCUCGUCCCUACAGCAAUGGUAACUAUGGCAACGGCAAUCACGUUCCUCAGCAACAACAAUGGCGCCACAGGCGCAAUUCACUGGAUGGCUCCACCGUACCUGGCAACCAGGGUUAUUAUGCCAACGGGCACCACAACAACAACAACCGCGGUCGCUAUCGGCAACAGUCGCCGGGCCCUUGUGUACGCGGGGAGGGCGGGUACGUCAACCACCAACGGCCCCUACCGCACACGCUCACCGAUCAACCGCACGGCAAACACCAAAAACCGCAAGGCUACGUCACCCCGCCGCGCAUGAGGCGCCAGAACAGCGCCCCGGACCUGAAGAGCAGAGAAACGCCCGUCUGAUGAUGUCAUGAACACUAGCCCAGCGGGUUUGAGGGGUCAGGGAGUUAGUUAACAGAGUCUCAUGUAGUCAGACUAUCAGUAGAAAGAGUUUAUUCUGGGCUAGAGCCGCCCACUUCGGGACAGGAAGAGCGUCACUGGCUACGUUUACAUGCUACCAAAUCACCUGUUAGUAACGGGACUAGCGGCUCAGUCGCGCUGAAAGCUUCACGCACACGCCUUAACCGAUCCAAUGAGAUUUCUGAAAACUGAAAGACUGCGCAUGUGCAAUGAUGUAGAAAUAGCGUAGUGAUGUAGAAAUUUACUCCAAAUUAUGACCAGAAAUGGAUAAAUAUGAAGUUUGCUGUUUAAAAGAAAUAAAGAAGUACUGUAGAGAAUAUUAAUUACGGCGGGAAACUCUGUAUAUUCCUGCAGUGAGCGCAGGUCAAAAACACUGCUCCGACACACACACACACACACACACACACACACACACAUCACCCCGCUCACAUGUUCAGGCUCAUGAACACACUGCGCUCAGAUCCAUCAGUCGACUCAGUUCAGCGCGACGGAAACACCAGCUGGGCCUGUAAACGCAGCCAGUGACCGCAACGGACCGCAGCUGGAGUGAUAACUGUAGCGGCUGCUGCGGCUGCUAAUGUAUCGUUGCGGUUAUCGCUGGUCGUGUCAUCUUGAGUUUCGUACAUACUGACGGUUGCUCAUCCAAUCAGAUUGGAGCGUGUGAUUUUUGGAAGGCUCUCGUGUUUUUAAGUGCAAUAUGCUUGUGUGGGCGGUCCGAGACUAGCUAACACAAACUCUGCUAGCGCACACGUCAGCACUCAGUGUGUGUGUGUGUGUGUGUGUGUGUGUGGUGUUCAGCAUCAGCACUGCUCAAACAGGAUCAGUUGUGCAUCAGAUUUGCACUAGUUCAGCCUCAAUGUGCCUUAAUAACCUCAGAGAUCACUGACAGAAACGCCAUGAGGGUGUGUGUGUGUGUGUGUGUGUGUGUGUGAGAUCUGAGAUGGAGGAACCUCUGAUGCCUGAUUCAUGGUUCUGAACCGUUCUUGUUUUAUGAGUCUGUGUUGAUAUAUACUGUUGGACACAGCUCCAAUCAUUUACACUCACUGCAGUUUUUCUUUUUUUUUCUUCAGUUUUUCAAUUAAAUUUGUGUUUUAAGCCAAACUCACCAUCUUUAGUGGACUACACUGAGCCAGAGGAGGAUUGUUCAACAACACCAGACUUCAUCACGUCGCUCUCGUCCAUCUGCAGCGCUAGCUCCACCUGCUGGAGAUAAUGAACAUUAAACACAACGGUUCACUCCCUAACCAGUGAGGACCGCACUAGUGUGUAGGGCUGGAAUGUGUUUGCACAGCCGUGAUGAUGACGACGCAAGUGAUGAUGAAGGGGAUGUUGAGAGUUCAAAGGUCAUUGAAAUGGACAUGUGGGGUGAAAUGCAAGUCGUGUGAGUUUUAGAGUUUGUUUUUUCAGGAUUUUUAAAGUUGUGAGUGAACAUGCUGAGGACGGAUGUUUUAAACUCCCUGGUAGAAGAGAUGUUGUGUCUCAACGGGACCUUCCUGGUUAAAUAAUAAUAAUAAACUCAAUCAGAUGGCAGAAAUAUAUAUAUAAUAUUUGGAAUAUGAUUCCUGUGCCUUUGGGCCACAGACAGUUGUUUGAUCCGGUUUGACGUUAUUUUGAGUGGCAGAUUUGAAACGGUCCCACUUGUGUGAGACUGCACUGCAUAUCCCAUCCCAUCCCACUGGAGAGUUACUGGAGAUUCCCACUUGAUAUUCCCACUGGGAUUCCCACUGUAUCCCGUCAGAGUAAACCAGCCACGCGAGUGAUGUCACAGUGACAGUGUUGCAGGUGGGCGGGGUUAUGUGAGAUUGCCUUUAGACAUGACAUCACAGGAAUGUUUGUGACCGUGACCUUUAGCACUUCAGGACAAUCUUCUGAUGGUGUCGUGUGUGUUUGGAUGAUGAUGAUGAUGAUGAUGAUGUCUCUUAUCUACACCCAUAGAUAUACACACUAGAUGUCGCCUUGGCUACGGCAGUUCAUUGGAACGAAUGCGUCAAUAGAGCCGCCAUCAUGUGACAGGGGAGCCCCUCCUCUGCUGUUUAGAACCCCAUGGCCACAUCUAGUGCAUAUACAUCUAUGAUCCACACCGCAGAUGAUCACUGCCAGGAUAUGAUGCGUGUUUAGUUUCAUCAUGCCUUCAUGUAUUCAUCAUGUAUGCGACUGAGUUAAUUUACUCAAACACACACAUGCAUUAUUCACUUGUGUGUGUUUGUGUGUGUGAGGUCGACUCGAUGAACCUCGUGUGUGUCGUCGGACACAAGCUUCUGUUUCUGCUCUUCUUUUGCUCGGUUUUUUCCGGAUGUUGAGUUUUUUUUUUUUUUGUCUGUUUAAAAACGGCAAAAUAUCAUUAAAGGAAAAUGUAUUAAAUCAA